ACUGGUGUAAUUAAUGUGAGAGGCACAGUGACUGUACACUUUGGGAGGGAGUUGUCAGGGCAAAAAUCCUUUGGCAUGAAUGUAAAACUAUGCAACUAUGAACGGGGGCACAAUUGUUAUUUUCUAUUUCAGCUAGAGAGGGUUGCUUAAAAGGGGGGCAGUAUUUCCCAUUUUCGCUUCUACAGAGCACACAGUCUGUGUUGUUUUAGUAGCGAGUCAAGCAAGCGGGCGCGCGCUGUUGAUGGGGUACUUGAGCUGCAGAUUUGCUCAGCACGCUCACGGAACUUGUCUAUCUGCGCGACAACGUGUUUGGCUGAGUGGUGGCUAAUGGCUGCCAUAGAAAGUGAGAAAGACAACAACAAAUGAAUCCUUGAGAGAAGACGAAAACAGAGGAUGGUGAGCAGCCAGCCGAAGUAUGAGCUGAUCCAGGAGGUGGGGCGUGGCAGCUACGGUGUGGUGUACGAGGCGGUGGUGAAACGCACUGGAGCCCGGAUGGCCGUGAAGAAGAUCCGCUGUCACAGCCCAGAGAAUGUAGAGUUGGCCCUCAGGGAAUUCUGGGCCCUGAGCAGUAUCCAGAGCCAGCACCCCAAUGUCAUCCACCUUGAGGAGUGUGUCCUGCAGAGAGAUGACCUGGCUCAGAGGAUGAGCCAUGGGUCCAGCUCCCCACUAUACCUAGAGCUGGUGGAGACAUCUCUGAAGGGAGAGAUUACCUUUGACCCCUGCUGUGCCUACUACCUGUGGUUUGUCAUGGACUUCUGUGACGGAGGAGACAUGAAUGCUUACCUGUUGUCCCGUAAACCCAGCCGCAAGACCAACACCAGCUUCAUGCUGCAGUUAGGAAGUGCCCUGGCCUUCCUCCACCGAAACCAGAUCAUCCACCGGGACCUGAAGCCUGACAACAUCCUCAUCUCCCAGGGAAGGACCUUGGCUGGAACCCCCGAGCCUACCCUGAAGGUUGCAGACUUCGGCCUAUCCAAGGUCUGCUCCACGUCAGGCCUUAACCCUGAGGAACCAGCAUCUGUCAACAAGUGUUUCCUUUCCAUGGCGUGUGGCACAGACUUCUACAUGGCUCCAGAGGUGUGGGAGGGCCACUACACGGCUAAAGCAGACAUCUUUGCCCUGGGCAUCAUCAUCUGGGCCAUGGUGGAGCGCAUCACAUUCGUGGAUGUGGAGACCCAGAAAGAGCUCCUGGGAAGCUACGUGCAGCAGGGGGAGGAGAUCGUGCCCCUCGGGGAGGCGCUCCUGGAGAACCCCAAGAUGGAGCUGUUGAUCCCUGCCAGGAUGAAGAGCAUGAAUGCCGGCAUGAAACAGCUUAUCAGGGAGAUGCUGUCGUUCAACCCUCAGGAGAGGCCUGACGCCUUUGAACUGGAGCUCCGACUGGUCAGGAUCGCCUGCAGAGAGCUCGACUGGGACACGUGAUAAUGGGGGUGGAUAGGAGGGGAGAGGACCAUGGGACUUGUAGUCACAACGUCAAGAACAUGUAUCUAGGCCUAAUUCACCACUGUUUGCUCUUGUGACGGAGGCCACACAAAUAUUAUUAUUUUGCUCUCUCUCUCUCUCUCUCUCUCGCUCUCUCGCUCUCUCGCUCUCUCGCUCUCUCGCUCUCUCUCUCUCUCUCUCUCUCUCUCUCUCUCGCUCUCUCUCGCUCUCUCUCGCUCUCUCUCGCUCUCUCUCGCUCUCUCUCGCUCUCUCUCGCUCUCUCUCGCUCUCUCUCGCUCUCUCUCGCUCUCUCUCGCUCUCUC